CGGUGUUGGAUCAAUGAUUGCCACGGAUGGCUUUUACUCGUUCUUGUCCAUUCAAGCCUCACGAGGGUGAAAGCAACAAUUUAACACGAGUGGCGAUGCCGAGAUGGUCCAGGCUCCAAAUCUCCCAGCCUCGUCAGGCCCCUGUCAACUUCCAUGUGGCUGGGAGUCCAAUCUCCAAAAUUGUCUCAGGACUCGACCUACAACGAUGACCACAGCAAAGCUCUGGAUCUGACUUCUCAUUCACAAGUGCUCAAGCCCUUUUUUCUCUUCCCGACCAAAGCCCACAUCACUAAGGCCAUCUAAUUGACACUAUCUUCAUCCUCACCCAUCUCGCCUCUCUCACACCAGUCCACAAUGCCUACAAUCCUCACGCCGCAAGGAUGGGUCAAAGUCGCACCCCCUCCUCCUCCUCGCAAACGCACAGUAACCCGCGACCCUGCUGCCGCUCUCCGAGGACCUCUGGCGUACUUGGCUUGCCAGAGGAGCAAAUCCCCCAACAUCAACGUGGACGGCGGCAAUGUCGGGGCCAGAGCCCAAUUUCCCUACGAUCUGAGUGCGAGCCCCGAGAAGUUGAGACGACAAGGCGAGGCAAAUGCACACGCAAGGGCAGACAGGAGCUUUUCGGCUCCGGUUAUGCACGGCGCCCUUCACCCGAGCGACGACGCAUGGGACGAAGUUCCUGAACGAGAACAUCGAGCACCUCCGCCACCGUCACCCAAGUCGAUCGAACAGCCCAAGGCCAAAUCCAGGUCGAGUGCAAAAUCCAGAUCGUCUCGACAUCACGACGACGACGACCGCCAGUCCUAUCUCCGCGCCAGUUCCCACUCCCACUCGCACUCCCACUCCAGCUCCCACUCCAGCUCUCCCUCCAGUUCCAGCUCCAGUUCUAGCUCCAGCUCCAGGUCGAGCGCGACCUCCAGAUCCAGCGCGUCCAGCGUCUCCAGCGCGGCUUCAACCAAGUCGUAUCACAGACCAGCUCCGCCUGUCCAAGCCAGGCCUCCGCCCAUGCCCACUGGACCGAGUGUCCCCUAUUACUCGAUGCCUCGGUAUGAUCACUACGCGGCGCCGCCUCCGAUGUCUCCAAUGCCGCCGCUGCAACCGACGCCCACCAUGUCCCUGCCGAGGUCGGCAGGUAAUGCAAGGAGCUUGUCCUACAGUUGGUACAAUGCAACCACGCCGUUGAAUCUGUGAGGCUCGGCUGUAUGUAAACGGAUUUCUGAUGUUUUUUUCUGGAUCAAUUUGGGUUUGACAAUCAGAAGCGGGCGUUUGGCUGAAGGGAUGAUGAGCAUUUACAAAUGGCUUUUGCAUUGAUAUGUCUUUAAUUCUAUGGACUCGGUACAGGUUAGUAGCAUCCUAAACGAUCAGCUUUCAUCUGUCAGAUGCCCGCCCCGACCAUCGCAUUGGGUAGCCGGACGUUUGAGUGACGUGUUGAAUGCUUUUGACAGGAGGCUCUCUGGCCACGAGAUUGUAUUUACUAUGCCAUUCGUCUGACUGAAAUCAUGUAUGAAGUUUCAAAUG